ACCGUAGGGGAUCAAAACCUUGGUAAUCCUAAUAUCCUAUCCACUCUCAAGUCUCACCCAACUCCUUUCGUUUUCUAGCAUAACAGACAACUAACAAUACAACAAUCCUUUCAAAGACAAUUCAAUCUGUCACCCUUUCUUCUUCUUUUUCCUUUCCUCCCCUAUUGAGUUCUCAAGCUGCCAAUGGAGACUCUAGCUUCUUCUCUAUGUACAACCCAUGGCGGCGGCCUAGCCAAUUUUUGUGGCGGUGCCUCCGUCUCUGUUCUUGGCUUCCCUCUCCACCAUCUCAAGAUUCAAGCCCUUCCUGAUUCAAAGAAAAGGCACAGUUGUGGGGUCAUAAAAGCUUCUGUUGCCAAGACAGAAGUUGCACUCCUCAGAAUUGGCACUAGAGGAAGCCCAUUAGCACUUGCUCAAGCUCAUGAGACACGUGACAAACUCAUGGCUUCCCAUCCGGAAUUAGCUGAAGAAGGAGCUAUCAAAAUUGUUGUCAUAAAAACAACUGGUGAUAAAAUACUGAGUCAGCCACUUGCCGACAUUGGUGGGAAAGGCUUGUUUACAAGAGAAAUAGAUGAGGCUUUAAUAAAUGGUGAUAUUGACAUUGCUGUCCACUCAAUGAAGGAUGUUCCUACUUAUUUACCAGAGAAGACGAUUCUACCUUGCAACCUGCAGCGUGAGGAUGUUCAUGAUGCAUUUAUUUCCUCGAGUGCAUCUUCCUUGUCUGUGCUUCCUGCUGGGAGUGUUGUUGGUACUGCAUCACUCAGAAGAAAGUCGCAAAUACUCCACAGAUAUCCGUUGCUUAAGGUGGAGGAUAAUUUCCGGGGCAAUGUACAGACACGAUUAAGAAAACUUAAUGAAGGGGUGGUCCAAGCUACUUUAUUGGCAUUAGCUGGACUCAAACGGUUGAGCAUGACAGAAAAUGUUACUUCCAUUCUUUCAAUUGAUGAAAUGCUUCCAGCCGUUGCACAGGGGGCUAUAGGAAUUGCAUGCCGAAGCAAGGAUGAAAAAAUGGCUACUUACCUAGCUUCAUUAAAUCAUGACGAAACACGACUGGCAGUUGCAUGUGAGAGGGCUUUCUUGGAGACAUUGGAUGGGUCUUGCCGUACUCCUAUUGCUGGCUAUGCUUUCAAAGAUGGGGAUGGUAAUUGCAUAUUUAAAGGAUUGGUGGCUUCUCCUGAUGGAACACGCAUGCUUGAGACUUCUAGGAAAGGCUCAUACGUUUUUGAAGAUAUGGUUAUGAUGGGGAAAGAUGCUGGCAAGGAACUUCUUUCUAGGGCAGGUCCAGGCUUCUUUGAUUUUUGAGUAAUUUAACGAUAAUGUGAGGUAAAAGAGAAGGCUCAAGGCUUCUGGUUUAACUUUUAGCUAGGAUUUGUUUCCAUCAAUUUCAUUUAUUCUCCUGAGCUUUUGUUUGUUGUAAUUCUAGGAAUAGCUAUUAUUUGGUUAAUUCUGAACUAGAUAAUUUAUUGACGGUUGAUGUUAGAAGGUUAGAUUUUUUUUAUUGUAAUUUUAAUUACACUAGUUUUUUUAAUACAUGCAUUCUAUGCGAAUGA